CGGUUAGGCGGCAAUAAUAACUAUCGACAUUAUACCUAUGUAUAUAUAUUUUUUUUUGAUACGACAGUUUCGUGUUUGUAUUUUCACGACACUUGUGCGCAUAUAAUUAUCAAAACUUUUAUGUACCUACCUCGGUAUAGCAGUGCUACGGUAAUAAUAUUAAAUAAUAACGGCAUCUGAUAAAAUAUAAAAAAACAGUAUAGGUAACGUAUCGGUCGCGUUAAAUCGUCAGUUGACAAUUUUCAAAGAAACAACAUAAAAAAAAAAAAAAAAAACACUUUUACUAUCUAUAUGUAAACUUAUCUUUUCUAAUCCGACAAAUAAUUUCGGUGCGGUUGUUGUUCAGCCCUCGGAAACAACAGCGACGAUUCAUCAUGACUUGCAUUAGGCCGCGGACGUUAUUACUAUUGUCAUUGGUCGUGAUAAUAUUUGCACCGAUUCGAGUUAAGUAUCGUUUUAAUAAUUUAAAUACAUAAUUAAUAAUAUUGUAACAUCGAAGUUAACGUAUUACUAUGUUUAUCAUACUGCGGUCGAAAACCUGUGUUAUACCCGAUGAGAGCAUAUUAUAUAAAAUAAUAUACGAUUAAAGUGAUAUUAUUACGAAAACAAACAUUAGUUUAUGGUUAUUUUUCAAUAAACAAAUUUUCACAAACUCUGACCUCUCACUUUAUUCACAGACAACAUUUUUCAUUGAAAUAGUGGUGUACCCAAAAUUCGUUCUACACAUUGGGAACUUAUAUAAAAUAGUAAAACAGGACAUUGAUUAUCUUGGAAAAUAUUAAUUUUUUUUAGAACUAAGUUUUUAGAAAACUGUAAGGAACACGCAACUUUCAAAUGGUACAAUACUGUUAUGUUUUCGUCCUUAUUUUUGAGGGUAAAACUGUUAUUCACUUUUGAUUUUCAAAUAAAAACUUCUACAUUAUUAUAAAUUGUAUAACCAUAUGAAGUUUUAUUUUAAAUAAAUGUGGGUGUUAAUUUUAGUCAACCCAUUGAAGAAAUAUUGCAUUUUUAAGUUAAAGCGAGAAGAGGAGUGAUAUUUGUGUGAUGUGAUUUGGCGUGUGAUAUUUUAAAGAUGCUUGUUUCUAAAAAUUUCGGAAAAAAUAAUACUUUCCGAGAUAACAAGUGUUUUACAUUAUGUUAAUGAAUUUGUGUAGACGAGACAGUUUUUGUUUGUAUGAAAUCGAAAAAUACGCUUUGUCUGAUUUAUACUCGUAUAUAGUUUUUUUAUAAGAAUGUGUACGUAAAAGUAUUCGUUGUUCUUCUCGAACUAUCUCCGAUUGUAACUAAUAUUUUAAACAAGGAAAUCUGGGAUAUAAUAAUAUAGGAGUAUCGAAAAUAAUGAAUUUUUGUGAAAAAGAUGUGGAGAAUCGAACGAUUUGGACAUGUGGUGAGAAGACCGAAAUUAGCCAACCUAAAAGCGGUAGUUGAGUGAAGACCUAGGGGAAAAAAACUAUAGGGUAUGACAAAAUGACAAAAGAAGCGUUAGAUGGAUAGAGAGAAGAUGCAGUGAAUUGACAAGAGUGAUGAUUACACAAUCGUGAGGAGUGAAAAUCCGAUCGAUUUGGUCGUGAAAAUCUUGAAAAGUUGUGUUAACCAGGAAUAAAACCAUAGCGACCAUGUAGGUAGCUACACGUUAUCAUUACAAUAUUGUAGUUUAACGUUUGGUUUUAAUUAAAAUGUGGAAUAUAAAAUUAAUCAAAAAAAUCUGAGCCCCGCGAAUAUUUCGAAUAAUUUUACUUUUUAUUCGAGGUUAACAUAUAGAAAUGUUGGACUAGGUUUAUUGUGAAUUUACUGGUCCGAAUUAAAACCGAAUACUUAGAACGUGUAAAAUAUAUAUGGUCGCAAUGAGUUCAUUAUAAUAAAUUAUAAUGUACCUACGAGUACAAUGUACUUUCGAAUGUACUAAUCGAAUUAUGAAUUAAUUUGUUGUAACCGAGUACAUUAUAAGUUUCUACCUGCUUUUAAUUUGUAAUAUAAUAUUAUAUUGAAGCUUCUGAGUUUUGAAAUUGAUAUUUUACAAAUUAUAUUUUAGUGGAUAACUUAUACGAACGCUCAAAAUGUCUCUCCUCCUGCAAGUGCCCCCGAUGGGACUUCUACCGAUGCUGCUGCUAUUAAAGUUGGCCCGGCCGAAAUGACGGCAACUCAACCGGCAACCUUGGUAAUUACCAUAAUAAUACAAUAUUUGAACACAUUAAUAUGACCAAAAAAAUACAACUACUAGCUGAUAAACAAUAGUUAUACUCGUUAGUUAUAUUAAAAAUUUGUAAUAUUGUUAUAUUAUAUUGGUUGUUGACGGUUCUAAAAUAAUACUAUGUUUCAAAUUAAAAUUUGUAAAAUUCCGGUUUUUCUCAGUUUUAUUAUUAUGAAAACCCCUUGGAAAAUCAAAAAAUUAACUUGUUCAAUUUACUAACUACAUCCCAAUUUCAACAAAAAAGUUCACUUUUUAUUUUUUGAUUAGUGCAAGUUAUCUGUUCGAGAAGUUGCUCGUGAAUAAAUAAAAAACACACAUAUCAUAGUAAAAUCAAUGGAUCUCUCACCACACUUUUAAUCAAAGAGAUGUGUUAGGUAUAACUCAGGUGGAGUUUGUUUUUUUUGCUUAAAAAAUUAACUUGAAAAAUGUUCAAUAUAUUUCAAUAGUUUGAUAUUUUAUAAUUAAACUGAACAUUCAUAUUCAGUCCAUUAAGUAUUAACUAACUGCUUAUAUGUUUAUGCAAACGAAUUGUACAUAUUUAGGUUUAUUUAAUCAAAUUUAUUUAAACUAAUUAAAGUAUAUUUAAUUAAAUUAUAGUUCAUGACAAAGAUAAUGAUUUAGUUAAGUUAACACAUUUAAUUGAAUAUAUUUUUCUAUUAACUAUAACUUUGAACUAUUGUUCUAAUUAAUAUUCACCAUUGAGGGCGCAAAAAUGAUUAAUAAGUAGCUAGUAAUACUAAUAAGUUAUGUAAUUGCAUAAUUAUGUGCUCACGAGGAGCGGAGGUGAGAGGAAUUGUUUGUAGAUUGUCUGUGUAUUGGCCAGUGUUACAGUCUACAGGGAAGCUUAAUAAGGCUCGAAAAGCCUUAAAAAAAAAAAAAAAAAAAACUAGAAGUUCGGAUGGUUACAAUUUUGUUACACUGCACGUGUUCUCAAAAUUUGUUUGUGCUCCUUCUGAUCACAGUGUACUCUUAUUUCAUAAUAAACUAUAUUACGAACGUUUACACUAAUUUUUUCGCUAGAAUUAAAGAAAAAUAAACCUAACCUGUGACAUAAAAUUAUGUCACUUGUUGAUUAUAUUAUGUUUUAGGCUAAAGGAAACAACGGGAACAAUAACGCUGCCGCCCAACAGCCAUCAACACCGACGUCGAAUUUUAAACGUAUUUUGUCGAACUCCAUUGAAUGGUUUUUAGAGAUAAAACCCGUCAAGAUCAUAUGGUCUAUGAUAAUGAACACCAGAGACAAUUUAGCUUCCUUAUGCAAGCGUAUUAAAACAAUUAAAUUAGUUAAUAGUAAUUCAACCCCAUCAUCAUCAUCGUCCAACAAGCCUAAUUGAAAAUAAUACAAUGUAUAACUUAGUCCUAAAAAAUAUUUAUUGUUAAUUUUAAUUAUUUUACACACAGGUACUAUAUAAAAGUUUAUAAUUGAUUGAAUAAUUUCAAAAAACAAAUAAUAAUAAUAAACAAAAAAAAAAAAAACAAAUUGUAUACGUUGCGUCGUGAUGAAAUGGAUUAUUAUCUAUUAUAUUAAAAACUCGAUUUAUAUAUCAUGGAAAUAUAAAACUAUAAAAUGUUUAAAUUUCAAUGUGUAAUGUUAUAUAAUAAUGUAAUAUAGUAUUAUCUUAUUAAUAUUAAAAA